AUUUCCUUUUAAAAAAACAAAACAAAAAAAUUAUAUAAUAAUAAUAAUAAUAAUAAUAAUAUAAAAAAAAUGAAAAUUAAUUAUAUAAUAUUUUUAAUAUACAAAUUUUUAAUUUCAUAUAUUUCAGCACAAUGUUUUUAUCAUCCAAAUAAUAUUUUAGCAUCAUUAGAAAAUAUAGAAUGUACAUGGGAUUCAAAAGUUGAAAAUGAAAAAAUAUCUACUCGAGAAUUAUCAGAAGAAAUAUUUAAAAUUCAAUUAUUAAAUUGUGAUGCUGAUAAUAUAACAUGCGAUAAUGUAUUAAAAGAAUUUAAAAGAGCGGCAAAACUUAUUGCAUCAAUAUUCAUAUUUAAUACACAAAUUAAUAUAAGCGUUAGUUAUUAUGAUUUAUGUACUGUAUAUCCUGAAAAUAUAUGCAAAAUUUUAGGAGGAGCAGCUUAUCCAACUCAAUUUUAUUUAUUACAAGAUGAUGAUGGAAUGAAAAGAUUAUAUCCUCAAUCAUUAGUAAAACAAUUUCAAUUUCCAAAUACACCAAAAUUUAAUGAAUUUGAUAUAAGUGCAGAAUUCAAUUCAAAAGGAGGUUUUUGGUUUAAAGAAGAUUUAAAUAAUAUAAAACCAGAUGAAGGAGAUAUUUUUUGGACAAUUUGUCAUGAAUUAAUACAUGGUUUAGGAUUUUAUAAUGGUUGGAUGGGAUAUAAAAAUAAUCCAAUAGCUGUUAUACCAUUACCAAUUUAUGUAAAUCCUGAUGGAAUAGUUCUUAAAAAUAAUUUAUUUUCAUUUGGUUCUUCAUUUGUUGAAUUUAUGAUGGAUAAAUAUACUAUAUUACUUUCAAAUGGUACUCAAAUAUCACAAUUUACUCAAAAAUUAAAUACUUUUUUUGAUGAAUAUAAAUCAAAUGCUUUUAGUGAUGAAUUUGUUAAUUCUUCUCAAUUUAAAUUUGCUCAAGAUUUAUUGGUUCUUGCUACUACUCCAAAAUCUCUUGGUUUAUUACCAAGAAAUUCAAAAAAUUAUUCUAUUGAUUCUUUUAUAUUAGAAACUUCUAUACCUUUUGAACAAGGUUCAAGUUUAAUUCAUGUUGAUUAUAAAACUUAUAUAAAUACGAAUGAUUUUUUAAUGACAUAUAAUAUUAUUGAUGGUAUAUCUACUGAAAAUAUGAUAUUGGAUAAUGGAAAUUAUUCUGGUGGUCCAAUAGGUCCUAAAUUAAAACAAAUGAUGGAAACAUUUGGAUAUACUACAGCAGAUAAUCCAAAUCCGUAUAGACCUCAACCAUUUAAAUCACCACCUUCUAAUGUAACAUCGAAACCAAAUAUAAACUCGGGUUUUAGAACAGAAAUGAUAAGAAAUUUAAAUGUUUUAAUAAUAAUCUUAUGGAUACCUGCAGGAUUACGUCAUUACGAUAUAAUGAAAUGA